CCUAGGUCCUGGCAGGCGAAGGAGGGACGCGCUGUGGGGAGAGCAGGCUGCGCCUCCGCGGCUGCCGCAGCACCGACUUUGCCCUUUAAAUCGGUCUCCAAGCCGAUUACAGCUGAUCUCCCACGUGACGUUUUACCUUCUGUCUCCCGGAGCGCGUUGCCCGAGGACAGUCCUCGCUGCCGCGCGCCGCGGGGCUGGGCUCCCGCAACUACCCCGCGAGCAGCCGCGAGUGCGGGCGCCUUGGGACGACCUCUGCACUCGGGGCGUCGGGGGAUUGGGCGGCGUCGGGGACCUGGAAGGGCGCGGGCGGGAAGGAGACGGUGCUCCAGCCGGGGCCGGGCGUCCCUGGGACUCAGCGGCCGGCGGGGAGUCCCGCGCCCUCGGGCAGCGCUGGGUGCUAUGACCACGCCGCGGGGCUGAAUUGCGGCCACCGAGCGCCCCCCGCGCCCUCGCCAUGCAGAAGAGCGUGCGCUACAACGAGGGGCACGCCCUGUACCUGGCCUUCCUGGCGCGCAAGGAGGGCACCAAGCGCGGCUUCCUGAGCAAGAAAGCGGCCGAGGCGAGCCGCUGGCACGAGAAGUGGUUCGCUCUCUACCAGAAUGUGCUCUUCUACUUCGAGGGCGAGCAGAGCGGCCGGCCGGCGGGCAUGUACCUCCUGGAGGGCUGCAGCUGCGAGCGGACGCCGGCGCCACCGAGAGCGGGCGCGGGACCCGGAGGCGCCCGGGAUGCGCUGGACAAGCAGUAUUAUUUCACUGUUCUUUUUGGACACGAGGGUCAAAAACCACUGGAGCUUCGCUGUGAGGAGGAGCAGGACGGAAAAGAGUGGAUGGAGGCCAUUCACCAAGCCAGUUAUGCAGACAUUUUGAUUGAGAGGGAAGUGUUAAUGCAGAAGUACAUUCAUCUAGUUCAGAUCGUAGAGACAGAAAAAAUUGCAGCUAACCAACUUCGGCAUCAACUUGAAGAUCAAGAUACAGAAAUCGAAAGGCUUAAAUCCGAGAUUGUCGCCCUUAAUAAAACCAAGGAACGGAUGCGCCCUUACCAAAGCAACCAAGAGGACGAGGAUCCAGAUAUCAAGAAGAUAAAAAAGGUUCAGAGCUUUAUGCGAGGAUGGCUGUGUAGAAGGAAGUGGAAGACCAUCGUGCAGGACUACAUUUGUUCUCCUCAUGCUGAGAGCAUGAGGAAGAGAAACCAGAUUGUGUUUACCAUGGUGGAGGCAGAGUCAGAGUACGUCCACCAGCUCUACAUCCUUGUCAAUGGCUUCCUCCGGCCCCUGAGGAUGGCAGCCAGCUCCAAGAAGCCCCCCAUCAGCCACGACGAUGUCAGCAGCAUUUUCCUCAACAGUGAAACAAUCAUGUUUCUUCAUGAAAUAUUUCAUCAAGGACUAAAGGCGAGGUUAGCAAACUGGCCUACUUUGAUUUUAGCUGAUCUGUUUGAUAUUUUGUUACCUAUGUUGAACAUUUAUCAAGAAUUUGUGCGUAAUCAUCAAUACAGCCUCCAGGUACUUGCUAACUGCAAGCAAAAUAGGGAUUUCGACAAACUCUUAAAACAGUAUGAAGCCAACCCUGCCUGUGAGGGGAGAAUGCUGGAAACAUUCUUGACCUAUCCAAUGUUUCAGAUCCCCAGGUAUAUAAUCACACUGCAUGAACUCCUGGCUCACACACCCCAUGAGCACGUGGAAAGGAAAAGUCUGGAGUUUGCAAAAUCAAAACUGGAGGAACUGUCCAGGGUGAUGCAUGACGAAGUGAGUGAUACUGAGAACAUAAGGAAAAACCUUGCCAUCGAAAGAAUGAUAGUAGAGGGUUGUGACAUUUUGCUGGACACCAGCCAAACUUUCAUCCGCCAAGGUUCUCUUAUUCAAGUACCUUCUGUUGAGAGGGGCAAACUUAGUAAAGUUCGCCUGGGCUCACUGUCUUUGAAAAAGGAAGGAGAGAGACAGUGCUUCUUAUUUACAAAACAUUUUUUAAUUUGUACAAGAAGUUCAGGAGGAAAGCUGCAUCUGCUCAAGACAGGUGGGGUUCUGUCCCUCAUAGAAUGUACAUUGAUUGAGGAGCCUGAUGCAAGUGAUGAUGACUCCAAAGGUUCUGGCCACAUGUUUGGACAUCUGGAUUUUAAAAUAGUAGUGGAGCCUCCUGAUGCUGCCCCUUUCACUGUGGUCUUGUUAGCACCUUCACGCCAGGAGAAAGCUGCCUGGAUGAGCGACAUCAGUCAGUGUAUGGACAAUAUACGAUGUAAUGGUUUAAUGACUAUUGUCUUCGAAGAGAAUUCCAAAGUUACUGUGCCACAUAUGAUUAAGUCUGAUGCCCGUCUUCAUAAAGAUGACACUGACAUUUGCUUCAGUAAAACACUCAACUCCUGCAAAGUGCCCCAGAUCCGCUAUGCCAGCGUGGAGCGUCUCUUGGAGCGAUUGACAGACUUGCGGUUUCUGAGCAUUGAUUUCCUCAACACCUUCCUACACACCUAUCGCAUUUUCACCACAGCCACUGUGGUGCUGGCAAAGCUCUCUGACAUAUACAAGAGGCCUUUCACUUCCAUCCCUGUCAGGUCAUUAGAGCUAUUUUUUGCCACCAGCCAGAACAACAGAGGUGAAUAUUUGUUAGAUGGAAAAUCUCCACGUCUGUGUCGCAAGUUCUCUUCCCCACCACCCCUGGCUGUGUCCAGAACGUCCUCCCCAGUGAGGGCCAGAAAGCUGUCCUUGACCUCUCCCUUGAACUCAAGGAUUGGCACCCAGGACCUGACCACAGCCUCAUCUUCCGGCAGCCCCACUACCAGCCAUAGUCCUGCUGCAUCCCCGCCACCUCACACUGCAAUCUUGGAGUCUGCACCAGGGGAUCGAGCAGGAAUGGAAAGUUUCCCCACAGCUGAUGCCACAGAGAUGUCACCUUGCAGAUCCCCCUCGACUCCCCGGCACCUCCGCUAUCGCCAGCCUGGAGGACAGGUAGCUGACAAUGCCCACUGCUCUGUUUCACCAGCUUCUGCUUUUGCAAUUGCCACAGCUGCAGCAGGCUAUGGGAGUCCACCAGGAUUUAACAAUACAGACAGAACAUGUGACAAAGAGUUUAUCAUACGGAGAACAGCCACCAAUCGAGUCCUGAAUGUCCUUCGUCACUGGGUCUCCAAGCAUGCUCAGGAUUUUGAACUCAACAAUGAACUCAAAAUGAAUGUCCUAAACUUGUUAGAAGAAGUUUUGCGAGACCCAGACCUUCUUCCCCAAGAAAGGAAAGCCACAUCAAAUAUCCUGAGGGCCCUUUCCCAAGAUGAUCACGAUGACAUCCACUUAAAAUUAGAGGAUAUAAUUCAGAUGACAGACUGCCCGAAGGCUGAGUGCUUUGAGACGUUGUCAGCCAUGGAGCUGGCUGAGCAGAUCACACUCCUGGACCACAUUGUUUUCAGAAGCAUUCCCUACGAGGAAUUUCUUGGGCAGGGAUGGAUGAAGCUGGAUAAGAAUGAAAGAACACCGUACAUUAUGAAAACCAGCCAACAGUUCAAUGAUAUGAGCAACCUGGUGGCCUCCCAGAUAAUGAAUUAUGCUGAUAUUAGCUCCCGCGCCAACGCCAUUGAGAAGUGGGUAGCAGUCGCUGACAUUUGCAGAUGCCUACACAACUACAAUGGUGUGCUGGAGAUCACCUCGGCCUUAAACAGAAGUGCCAUCUACAGGCUGAAGAAAACCUGGGCCAAGGUGUCCAAGCAGACAAAAGCUCUAAUGGACAAACUUCAGAAGACGGUUUCAUCUGAAGGAAGAUUUAAAAACCUUAGAGAAAAUCUUAAAAAUUGUAACCCCCCAGCUGUUCCUUACCUUGGGAUGUACUUGACAGACCUGGCGUUCAUUGAAGAAGGAACACCAAACUUUACUGAAGAAGGCCUUGUCAAUUUCUCCAAAAUGCGAAUGAUAUCACACAUUAUCCGAGAGAUACGCCAGUUCCAGCAGACUUUCUACCGAAUAAACCAUCAGUCAAAGGUCACACAGUACCUGCUUGACAAAGCCCUCAUCAUAGAUGAAGAUACACUCUAUGAACUAUUGCUCAAAAUUGAGCCUCGACUCCCUGCUUGAAGAUCUGGCCUUGUCCCUGAGACCACCGUGUUUUCAUGGGAAGUGAGUUACACACGGCACAGCAGGAACCCAGAGAGACAACGCCUGCCUCCUUUUUCCACCAAAGAUGGAACCAGAUUGCUAUUCAAUCUCUAGGCAGAGUGAAGCCCAGCCACAUGGGUCAAAGACAGAUAGAUGCUCCAGCCUUGGGUGGGAAGGUGAAAAGGCCAAAGGUUAGAGAAGCAGAUGGCGCAUUCUGAAUAAAAGGAUGUAAUGUGAAUGGUAGUAACCAUUGUAAUGAAGCAAGAAUGAAGGUAAACUUUCCUCUGUCCCAUGUUCUCUUAGAACCUGGGGACAAGUACUCACCAAGUGGAACUGUAUUGCUUCUUUGGCACUUUACUGGCCUGGGUGCACCUCUACCAAUCUUCUAGGAUUUAACUGCUUCCAUUACACUUCCUUUUAUAACAAGCUUCACAGAGGCCGAAGCUUCCUCUCUAGGGCCCACACAUAAGCGAUUUCAGCCUGCAGCAUGUGCAUGGUUCUCAGUGCAUUAUAAUACUCAUAUUUGAGGAAUGGUGUGCUCUGAAACAGCCUUUUCAGUCUUUAGGCAACAGGGCAGAAAUAAAAGAUUGAAAGAAACAAAGUGGAUUUGUUGGUAGUAUAUCCGUAAUUAUAGACAGUAGGCAGUAUUCACAGGCUUGAGCAGGGGCUUCUUUGCAAGCCUGGUGGUUCCAAGAAACCACUGCCUUGGACAGGUAGCUAUGGAGUGUUCAGAAAGGAAUGUGUCUAUGCAGCUAACUGGCAAAACUGUGGAAGGAGAUAGAAGGCCGCCAAGUCCUACGGGAAGGAGUUUCAUGAAGUGAAAAUUUCACCUAAAAUUCGUCUUUGUACCUUUUGUUUCUGGUUUUCUUUCCUCCUGUAGUACUCUAGGAAUCUUUUCUGAUUUGCACAAACUUUUUUUAAGGCUCAGUAUGAGCAUUGGCUGUGCUUUUUAAAGAAAUGCUUUAUGGGACUUUCUUUUGAAAACUCACACUUCUGUAUGCUGCUGGUCGAUAGUCCUCCCCCACCCCGGUCAUCUUUGUUUAAAAAUCGUUUUGAGAUCAUUCUGAGUAAGUGUACUGUAAGUGUGUAGGAAAUAGCCCCAACCACUCCACAGCUCUGAUAGCAGAAGACCAAAUGCAGGGGUUUGCCCUGCACCCCAAGACUGGGGAAGUGACCUCACUUUCCCCAAGAUCACCAGUUGUUAAAUAAAUAGGGCUAUCUCAUUGUUUACCUCCCUCUUCUCAGGGAGAUCACUGCUUUAAAAGCAGGAAGAGACGGCAGUAUGGGGUUUUAUUGCCUGAACCAACUGUACCUGGCAUUUUCUCUUAGAGGCGUGAUGCUUAUUGAUGCUGACAAUGACGAUUGAUCUGCCUGGCUGUUCUCCCUCUUCCUUUGCACUUUAUGUGGUAGAACUAACAACUGGCUAAUAAAUUCUGCUUGCUGGCUCUGCAGGCCCAGUGGAAAAGCUGGCACUGGUAAUGUACCGUAGAAUUAAAGAAGGUACAUUUUCUGCACAGCAAGGGUCAUCUGUAUAUAAUAAUAACAUAGAGAAAUAUCAACUAAGUAAAACAAAAUAUUUAUAAUACAUGAAUACCACUCCAAAAAUAUUUUCAAUCGUUCAUGUUAGCCAACAGUGUAGCACUAAGCCUCGCAAGGCUUACUGAUGGAUGCUUUCUCUUUUCCUUUUCAACACGUUGCUUGUUUGUUCUCUUCAGUUUCAAAUAAGAGGUCUAUGCAUCUUGACGCAUGAUGAAAAGCAUGGGUUGUUGGAUUCUAACUGCACACAUACCUUGUGAUUUAUUUCUUAGUGUUCAGAAAUUGAGGGCUUGAAAUAUGUGUCAGUUGCACCAAACACCUCAAGGUCUUACAGAAGAAAAGUCAAGGUUAACCUUCCUGAGAGGACCAACAAAUACUAGUCAGGCAAAGCACCGCGCCUGAAGAUCUAUGCUUUCCGCUGUGCCUCGAUUUCCCCUAGCCCUCCAGAGGUAAAGGAUGGCUCUGGGUGCACUUUCCUUGGAAGUCUGGGCUCUUAUUUCGCUGACCCAAAUGUUCCAGAAGCCACUGAAACCAUUAUUAUUAAAGAAAAAUAAGAUAGAGAAAUUUCAAAUGCUCCUCUCUUGUUGAAAUACAGCUUUUCCUUAGCUAGUGGUGAAGCUUUUGAGCCCAUUUCCUGUAGCAUGUUGGAAGCGCCCCCAGUAGUCAUUUGUGGGUACUGCCAUUGCAAUGCUGACUUCCGUGAUAGUUUCUUCAGCUUGUUAGCGCUGAAGAGACCUGUAUCAUGUAUGGGUUAGCUGAAAUAGAAAUGCACAUUGAAAACAAAAAAACCUCAACGUGGUUUCAUUUAACAUACACCAGAGCAGUUUGUGGUUUCCUUUCUGAUUGUUUAAAUCCCUCAACUUUUGAGUUUUAUAUGUAUCUGUGGCACACAAUGCACAUGGCUCUGGUCUGUAUCUGCCAAUGUCCUCCUCUAUGAGCCCCAUUUCUAAGAGCAGCUAGGAGGACAGCCUCUAAAUGCCAAUCUGUGAGCAUUUAUACUGAAGAAUUAACCCAGGAAACCAGAAGACAAUCCAAUUUCUACUUUCAAAUGACUACUCAACAUUUUGUCCUGUCAGUGGAAUUACCCUGAGGAUUUUAGGGAAUGCCUUUGGUUAUUAAGACAUUCAGUCUUACUGCAAGAACAAAUCUCUUACCUAAGCCAGUACAGUUUCUGACAGUUUCAAGUAUGAAGCAGAAUUCUGUCACUUUUCUUCAGCGUUUCUCCAGACAAAUUUGAAGGGGGAAUUUUAAACUGCUGUGGCAAUAUUUUGGAGUGAUUCUAACACAAAAGUCCCUCUGUUAUUGUCAGUUAAAUGUCAGUAAAUCUCAAAGUACUACUUAUAAACAAGUAAAACUAAUAGACACUGGGUCAUUUGCAGAGAAAAAUCCAUCCUGUGUCAUUUAAAGUAGCAUUGGGCCUUCCCUUGUUAUAUAGAUAAGAUUGUGUGCCACCAGUGAUUGGGAAUCUUACAUAAAAUAUAAUGCACUAAAGCAGUGAUUCCUAAUGAAGUCAACUUCCACUCAAAACAAGAGAUUUUCUUUUCAAAAGUUAAUUUUAUUCCCCCUUGGGGGAAAAAAAAAACCCAGCUUCCAAAAUGCAUCAUCUUUACUAUUGUUUCUAGCCACGCUAAUAUCCACAGACGCAGGAAAUUAAUGAAUGAAAUUCAUUUUCAUUCUAUGAGAAAUAAGAUUGUAGUUUAAUGACUUUAUUACAAAUCACCAUGUGAAUUCCUGGUAAUGAGAAUCUACUUGAUUGAAUCUAAUCAGGGUCAUUUCUCAGUGGAUGCUGGUGACUUAAAAUUAAAGCAAGGCACACAACGAAAGUAGAAAGCAACCUUUUGUUGUAGGUUCUAACACAUGAAUGAAGGAUUCAGCAAGUUACUCAUCUCAGCUGCCUCAGGUGUGGGAUGACAUUAAUAUUAGGGUUGAUUGUUCUUGAUCUGACCUGCUCAAGGAAAAUAAUCAUUUUACUUCACAAAGUUGAACCAUUGUCUUUUAUACAAUCCACUUCAGUUUUUGCCAGAAAGCUGGUUGUAAAAGAGUGCUGGACCAGACCUGAGUUUCAGCCCAGAUCUGCAUUUUCCAAUUAGAAAAUCUUAGGCUGGUGUUUGCACCUCUCUGAGCCUCAGCUUCCUCGUGUGCAAAAUGGGAUUAACAGUAAUUCCUGUGCUGUCUACCUCACAGGCUGUCAUGAAGACCAAAUGGGUUGGACUGUAAACUGUCAAGUGCUGUCCAAAUGUGAGGUAACUGAUUACUAUCUUUUGUCUCUCUUUUGCAGAGGAAUUAAAUGUACUUCUUUAUUGUUUGUUUGUGUGUGUGUGUGUGUGUGUGUGUAUAUAUGUGUGUGUGUGUAUACAAACAUACACGUUACUUUGAGAAGUAUAUUGUUUGUGUCCAGUUACUUUACAAAUCUGCUGACAUUUGUAAUUCUGAUGGAAGGAUUUGUGCUGUCGCCUAAUACUUGCUGAGUGAGGUGUAGGUUAUACCUAUAUGCAAAUUAAACUUUGCCUUUCUUCAA